CCCCUUCGCCCCACGCCAGCCCAGCGAGACAACGGAAGGAUCUGCAGACUCCGUCCAGCACACCUCUGCCACUCAGGGACGCCGCUGGGAGCUCCCUUCUGGAAGCUUCCAGACCUCUGAAGAGGCAAGAACCCUUUCCACCUCAUGAGUGGGGCAGCCUGCUAGCCAUGGCUCCCGUCCACGGCUGCCUGCUGCUGCUGCUGGGACUGAGUAGGAGCACCUUCGCAAGACCCCCGUCAUCCACCCGGGAUCCUAACGGUCUGCGGUUCAACCUGCCAGUCGCCCACUAUGAGACCAGCAGCUCCCCUGACUGGGGGCCCAUCACGCCCCUUUUCGGGCUUGUGCACGCCUUCCUGCAUGUGGUCCAGCCCCACGAUUUCCCCGAGGCAACUGUCAGAAAACUUAUAUACAACAAGUUUGACAUCUUCAAUGAUUACAAGGAGGUGGUCCACUACGAGAUCGGGCUCAUCAUCUGUGCCUGCCUGGGACUGCUCUUUGUGGUGCUGAUGCCUCUGGUGGGCUGCUGCUUCUGUCUGUGCCGCUGCUGUGACCACUGUGGCGGAGAGAUGCAUCAGAGGCAGAAGAAGAACGGGCCCUUCCUGAAGAAGGCCUUCACCCUCUCCCUCUUGGUGCUCUGCAUACUCAUCAGCAUCGGCAUCGCCUAUGGCUUCCUGGCCAACCACCAUCUCCGCACCCGGAUCCGAGGUGCCCGGGCGCUGGUGGGCAGCAAUGUGAAAGACUUACGGACGUUCCUGAAUGAAACGCCAGUGGUGAGAACCACCCCUCUCCUCCUGUACCCUGUGUGGCCUUAUAUUAAACCUCUGCUGGGAGGCCAGAUCCACCACCGACUGAAACCCAAGGUGAUCCCUGUUCUUGAAGACAUCAGGGCCAUGGGCACAGUCAUCCGAGAGACGCAAGUGGCCCUGGAGAAGGUGAACAGCACCUUGGAGGAGCUGAGAAACAGGGCAGGGGAGCUGAGCGCCAAUCUGAGUGACAUCAAGAGCCACCUGGAUCGCUCGCUCAACGACUCCACCUGCUCCCAGAACCCGGAGACCUGUGACAGCAUCAGACGGUCCCUGGGCCAGCUGGAGACGGACAACAACCUCCAACAGCUCCCGUCGGUGGAGGGCCAACUGGACAGCGUGAACAGAGUCCUGAGGACAGAUCUGGUUGGCCUGGCUCAACAGGGCUACAAGACCUUUAAUGACAUCCCUGAGAUGGUCCAGAACCAAACCACGAACGUCAUAUCCGAUAUUAGGACGGUCUUGGAUUCCAUCGGCUCAACUCUCUCAAAAGUAACCGAUCAGGUCCCCAUUCAGGACAUCAUAGCAAAUAUCACAGGCUACAUUAAUGAUACAGAAGCAUAUAUUGGCAGCUAUUUUUACACACUGGAAAAAUACGAAUCAUACAGGUGGCUGGGCUGCUUGGUGGUCUGCUGCCUGCUGACCCUCAUCGUGCUUUUCUACUCCCUGGGGCUACUGUGUGGCACCUGCGGCUACCACGAGCACGCCACUCCGACCACCAGGGGCUGCGUCUCCAACACCGGCGGCAUCUUCCUCAUGGCUGGAGUUGGACUGAGUUUCCUCGUGUGCUGGAUAUUGAUGACCGUUGUGGUGCUGACUUUUUUUGUUGGUGGGAACGUGGAAAAAUUGGUCUGUGAACCUUAUCAAAACAGGAAGUUAUUCCGGUUUGCUUUGAAUGCAAUGAAUGGAGAUGAUUUCAUUCUGAUGAAUUUACUCACAAUUUCUCUUAUCAUCCCGCAGUACACAGAAGACAUAAACAACAAAUUUAAUCAACUGAACAUAGACUUUGGCAAUAUAGUUCUGCUGAACGAUGCAGGAAGACAGAACCUGGGAGAUUUUGUGGCUACGGGAAUCAACCAGAUCAACUAUACAGCUUACUUGAUGGAGGCCAGUAAACCCCCCACCAAAAUGAAUCUUCUUUCAUUUGCUGAGAAUCUGGAUGAAACGGCAAGCCACUUGCCACAAGGAACUUUGAAAGACUCCCUGAUCGCAAGCGUCCAGAGCAUGAAGGCAGUCUACCAACAUCAGGUCAUUCCGUUGGAGCGCUCCAUGGUGAGCAUUGGCGGCCUCUGGUCCUUGUCUUCCUUCUCCCACGGUCCGGUUCAGGCCCAGGACUGGAAGGCAAGAGUGAAGGAGAUAACCGUCUCUCUGGACUCGGCUCAAGACUUCAUCCAACACAACGUCUCUUCCAUCAUCGUCGACGAGAGCAAGGCUUACUUGAACACCAUAAUAGGAUACUUCGAGCAGUACGUGCAGUGGGUCAAGAACUCUAUCACCGGGAAGAUUGCUGCCUGCAAGCCCGUGGCCACCGCUCUGGAUUCCGCUGUCGACGUCUUUCUCUGCAGCUACGUCGUGGACCCCAUGAAUCUGUUCUGGUUUGGCGUCGGAAAGGCUACGAUGCUUUUACUCCCGGCCCUCAUCCUGGCCGUCAAGCUGGCCAAGUACUACCGGCGGAUGGAAUCGGAGGACGUGUAUGAAGAUGUUGAAACUGUACCCAUGAAAAAUCUGGAAUAUGGUAAUAAUGGUUAUCAUAAAGACCACUUGUAUGGUAUCCCCAAUCCUUUCAUGACAAGAUUUCCAGCUGCACCGCAGGAGAACACCGUACUUGGGAACAAAAGUCAGAGAAGCUCUAUGGUACAUGAGAGCUGAGCAUGAAGUUGCUUGAGCUUCAAGACCCUGAGAGUGGGAGGUUCUUAGACUUCUGGUUGCUGCUGGCCCUGCAAACACUUUCCAAAUCCCAGAUGGAGCUGGCCUGGCCCUCUGAGGAGCACCGGGAGGCCAGCUGUGGAGACGAGGCCACUCCCCUUGGAUGGGCUCUCAGGAUGAGCCCCACACUCCCAGGGACAGUCCUUGCCCAUGGCCACCCCCGCCCACCCGCCUGCUUGGUGUUACUUGAGUUCUCUUUGUUCUCACACUGGGUUCCUGUGUGGACACGACAACAUAGAGUGUACCUACUGGGGUGCAUUUCUGGGUCACGCAGCCACUCCAGUGUCACAGCUCGGUUUGGAACCCGCUGUCUGCUGAGCAGGGCCCUCCAUGCAUGCCUGCUUACAGGAAAGCUGCCUCUCCUGUUGGGCAAAUCUUGUUAUUGCUUCUGUUACCACAGCCAGAGUGUUUUCAACAAAUGAGUAUUGAUGAUUUCCUUCCUAAGUCAUUGUUGACUUACUGCUACUGCUAAGUUGUGACAAUGACAGCACCCACCCCCUUUUUUUCGUUUCUUUUCGGUUUUUACGAUUGAUUUUAAUCGCUUGUCAUGUUCGUUUACAGACCCCGCCACUUGUCGUGUUCAGAAAUAGAAUGAACAGCCCAUCCCAAAGCGAUCUGUUACUGCUCCUGGCACAAAUGAAAGAGUCAGAGACGAGGAAGCCGGAAACAGAAGACAUGCCAUCCUGCAGCGAGUGUAGCUAUUGUAGCAUAUGUCAUGGACAGGGGACGCUUAAGCUCCUUCGCCUAAACCCUAAUUGGAGCGCUGCAGGAUAAUCUGUUAACAGGUGUGGCUGGGGCCUUUUUUUUUUUUAAUGAAAUCGAAGACAAUUCUGCCAGGUCUAUUAGGUUUGGGGUCUAACAUGAAUGAAACCCUUGAACUUGGUCUUUACAAAGCCCAGAAAGGACACACUAAGCAUCUGUCUACGCGGAGAGUUUUCUGUUAGCUUUGUCAUCAACAACCAUGAUCAAAAUGAGAAAAACACUGUUGACGAAAAUGGAUCGUUCAUGUACAGAAAUCGGAAAUGUAGAUUUUUUUCCCACGGCAGAUCUUUGAAUCUGUACAGUGCAGUUCUGAUUUCUAUCAAUAAAAAGAACUUGAAAAAC